UCUCAUCUCCAGGAACCAUGUCCACCAAGACCACUGUGCGGAGCCAAACCAGCAGCCACCGUGGCUUCAGCGCCAGCUCAGCCAGAGUCCCCAGGCUCAACCGCUCUGGCUUCAGCAGUGUGUCUGUGAGCCGCUCCAGGGGCAGCGGUGGCAGCGGGGCAGUGUGUGGAGGAGCCGGCUUUGGCAGCAGGAGCCUCUAUGGUGUUGGCGGCUCCCAGAGGAUCUCCAUCGGAGGGGGCAGCUGUGGCAUCGGAGCAGGAUACGGCGGCCGCGUCUCAGGAGGCUUUGGCUAUGGAGGAGGAGCCGGCAGUGGAUUUGGCUUUGGUGGUGGAGCUGGUGGUGCCUUUGGGUUCGGUGGUGGAGCUGGCUUCGGUGGUGGCUAUGGGGGCGCUGGCUUCCCCGUGUGCCCACCUGGAGGCAUCCAAGAGGUCACCAUCAACCAGAACCUCCUCACUCCUCUGAACCUGCAAAUCGACCCCACCAUCCAGCGGGUGCGGACUGAGGAGCGAGAGCAGAUCAAGACCCUCAACAACAAGUUCGCCUCCUUCAUCGACAAGGUGCGGUUCUUGGAGCAGCAGAACAAGGUCCUGGACACCAAGUGGACCCUGCUGCAGGAGCAGGGCACCAAGACUGUGAGGCAGAACCUGGAGCCGUUGUUCGAGCAGUACAUCAGCAACCUCCGCAGGCAGCUGGAUGGGAUCCUGGGCGAGAGAGGCCGCCUGGACUCAGAGCUGAGGACCAUGCAGGACACUGUGGAGGACUUCAAGAACAAGUAUGAAGAUGAGAUCAACAAGCGCACGGCAGCGGAGAACGAAUUUGUGACUCUGAAGAAGGACGUGGAUGCUGCCUAUAUGAAUAAGGUUGAGCUGCAAGCCAAGGCAGAUAGCCUGGCAGAUGAGAUCAACUUCCUGAGAGCUUUGUAUGAGGCAGAACUGUCUCAGAUGCAAACCCAUGUCUCAGACACAUCCGUGAUCCUGUCCAUGGACAACAACCGCAGCCUGGACCUGGACAGCAUCAUUGCCGAAGUCAAGGCCCAGUAUGAGGAGAUUGCUCAGAGAAGCCGGGCUGAGGCUGAGUCCUGGUACCAGACCAAGUACGAGGAGCUGCAGGUCACAGCAGGCAGACACGGGGAUGACCUGCGCAACACCAAGCAAGAGAUUGCUGAGAUCAAUCGCAUGAUCCAGAGGCUGAGAUCUGAGAUCGACCACGUUAAGAAGCAGUGCGCCAACCUGCAGGCCGCCAUUGCUGAUGCUGAGCAGCGUGGAGAGAUGGCCCUCAAGGAUGCCAGGAGCAAGCUGGAAGGGCUGGAGGACGCCCUGCAGAAGGCCAAGCAGGACAUGGCCAGGCUCAUGAAGGAGUACCAGGAGCUCAUGAACGUCAAGCUGGCCCUGGAUGUGGAAAUUGCCACCUACAGGAAGCUGCUGGAAGGAGAGGAGUGCAGGUUGAAUGGUGAAGGUGUCGGACCAGUCAACAUCUCUGUGGUGCAGUCCACCGUCUCCAGCGGCUAUGGCGGCGCCAGCGGUGCGGGCAGUGGCUUCGGCCUGGGUGGCGGAAGCAGCAGCUACUCCUACAGCAGUGGCCAUGGCCUUGGCGGGGGCUUCAGUUCCAGCAGUGGCAGAGGCGUCGGGAGUGGCCUCAGCUCCGCCGGUGGCAGCUCUUCUACCGUCAAGUACACCACGACCACCUCCUCCAGCAGGAAGAGCUACCGGCACUGAAGUCCUGCUCCAGGCCUUUGUCCCCUGACCCCUGGUCCCCUUGGCUGCAGACCCUCUGCUCAGGUGCUAGUCUUGCUGGCCUCCACCUCUGCUCUCUAGGUGGAGCUGAGG